AUGGCUCCCCUGCAGUGUUUCUACCGCCCAUCAAGCGAAAAGGGCCUGUCCAGCGUUACUUCUCUGGUCGUCGGCAGCAAGGUUGGGGUUCUCUUCGACCCUCCCUUCUUGAUCCCAGAUGCAGAAGCAGUGGUCAAGUGGGUGAAGGAGACCACGCCGCUCCCUAUCAAGGCUGUCUUCAUCACUCAUCACCAUCCUGACCACUAUUUCUCGGCCAAUCCGAUCCUCGAAGCCUUUCCGGAGGCUGUUCUAUACGCAGCUCCCUAUGUCUGCGCGGGUAUAGACAGGGAAUAUGAUGACAAGAUCAAGUACUGGCCCUCAAUUUUUGGAAAGGACGUUCCCCUGCAGCCUCGAAAGCCGACGCCGUUCACUUUCAGCUUUUUGCAGCUGGAUGGCGAUCCGAAUUCGCCCAUUGUCCUUCUAGGACCUUUGCAGGGCGAUUCUGUCGACCACACCUUGUUCUGGUUACCCCAAGAAAAGGUCGUCAUCUGUGGUGACUCUGUAUAUGCGCGAAGCACGCAUGUUUGGGUUGAAGAAAUCGAGACCCCGCAGAUUCUAGAAGCAUGGCAGAAGACCCUGGACGUCAUUGAGAGCCUUCAGCCUGUCAAGAUCAUCCCAGGUCAUCUCGAAGCAGGGUGGGAGCUCAACGCCAAAGAGGACAUGGCACAUAUGCGAAAGUAUCUGAACUUGUUCUCAGAGAAAAUCACCCAUGCACCCAGGAAGCCACAGGUCAAGGAUCUGUACACAACGUUCAAGGAGGCAUUCCCUCAGGCAGACAAGAAUCUCGAUUUCUUCUUGGGCCAUUUGUCAAAUCAGUUCGGAGAAGGCGGCGAGGUGUGGGAGGAGAACAGGCACCACAAUGUUGGUGCGCGGACCAAGACAGACCUACUGGGUUUCCUGCUGGCCUAAAAGGGGCCGACAUAGCUUGCAGAUUGUAUAUGUUAAGGGUGCUAUGCAGGUGUAAAUAAUGUCAAUGCAACGUCUUGCC